AGAAAUUAGGUCAUCGGAUGAAAGAAGAGAUAAAAUAAUAGGGAAACAGGAAAAUUAGUAAAUACGGCAGACGGAAAACAUGUUGAUAAAAAUUCAAGGGUAGGGUUGUGAUAACUUUUGUACUUUAGAGAAAUAUUGUAGGAAUAUGAUAAAAUUUAAAUACCUGUAGCAGAAUAAUUGUAAUUUUAUGUUGUGCUACAUGAUGGCCAAUCACCACAGUCAUGGGGCUAGACCAGGUGAAACUGAUCAAAUGGCACCACCCCAGUACUUGAAAGUGUUCAUUCAAAGAGACUACAGUGAAGGCACAUUAGUUAAGUUUCAAACUAGAUUUCCACAAGAAUUAGAAGGCAGAUUGGAGAAACAAGUAUUCGAAACAACCAUCAAUAAAUUGAAUGCUUAUUUUCAAGAAGCAGAGAAAGCAACUUGCUCUUCUUAUUGUGAAGGGUGUUUAGCAUGUUUAACAGCCUAUUUAAUUUAUUUAUGUAAAGAAACACAUUACGAAAAAAGUUUAAAAAAAAUAUCAAAGUACAUAGCCGAACAAAAUGAAAGGGUAUACGAGCCAAGAGGUUUAAAACUUACGGAUCCAGCAAUGAGAGGACUACGUGUAAUAGAAAUUAGCUGUCUCGAUAGGCCCCCUAAUGCAUGACUCACACUAUCUCAUUCAACACAAGAAUUUUUUAUGUGAUGAAAAUCGACAGCAAAUAAAUGUAUGAGAAUGUAUUUUAAUAUUUCAGAAAUUUGAAUGUAAGUUUGUUUAUUACUUAACAAUAGUAAGUUGAGAAUGGAAAUCUAAUUUAUGUAUAUUUUUUUAAGAUUUAAUGAAUGUGAUUUAUGAUUAAGACCUUUGGAAGAAAUAUAUAUAGCUUAUAAUGAAAA